GCUUGUUAGGCUUUUUAUAUUUGGACGGCCUGAACAAGGCCCUGGCCCUGGCUGGUCACGUGACAAAUUUGAUUGGCCGUAAGAACUCGCAUAAUUAAAACGCGUCCCGCGAGUGAUAUUAGAGGCAAAAUUAUGUGGCGAGAAAAAAUCAAAAUUCGAGAACUUUUCGUGGUGAUGGACCGCGGAUUAGCAAUUCAAAAAGUAGCUCUUUAAAAAUGGUGGCUGUUAUUUUGUGGGUGUUGCGUUUGGUUUGGUUUUUGAUGUUGUUCUACUAGCUAAAUGUAGCUAGAUUCAAAAUUUUGGAAAAACAUUAUUUUUGAUAUGGAACUGCAACAGUUCUGAAAGUAUUUUACCAGAAAGAAGAUUAACAAUAACUGGUUGAAAGCAGGUUUGAGCAUCUUGUGUUGCUAAAAACUCACACUGUUAAAUGAACUGAAGAAGGAACGAACUUCACAAGCGAUCAAAACUGUCAUACAUAUAUAGCUAGCUAUAUGUAACAUAAUGUUUAGCUAUGGAAAAAAAAUGGAGAAUGCAAACAUAGCAUGGCAGCAGCUGUAACACCAAAGAAGUUUUAUCCAAGAAAAAAUGUUUCGCAACAGGGAGUGUGUAGAUUAUGUGGAAAAUUCACUCAGCAGAGACACCUAAUCAAAAUUUUUUCUAAAAUUGGAUUGGCCAGGGUGGCCACUCGUCCUUGAAAACCUUGAAUGUUCUUGAAUGUUCUUGAAUUUUAUUUGGUCUUGAAUUGUUCUUGAAAUAGUAUGUUUUCCACCCUUGGUUCUUGAAUGUUCUUGAGUUUUUACAAUUCUAUGAAAAAUCUUUUUAGAAUAGUAAAAAAAUGUCUAGUAAAAAAAGUACCAGAAUGCAUGAAAAAAGUAUUUUUAAUGAAAGUUGGUUGAGCGAUGAACAGUUUAAAAUAUGGUUGAAAAGGGGACCAGAUAAACACAAAGCAUUGUGUAGACUUUGUAACACAGUGAUAGACAUAACUAUAAUGGGAAAAAGUGCUUUAGCAUCGCAUUCUAAGGGCAACAAGCAUCAAGUGAAUGUGAAAAACUAUAGUCCAGUUUCUGGUCUGUUCUUCAAAAGUAACCCUCCAAAGCCAUCAUCAAGCAAAGACGCCUCCCCCGCCACUAACAAGAUUGAUUUAAUGAUGAGUACAUUAGCAGUUUCCCAUGCUGAAAUUCGUUGGGCUCUGAAAGUACUAACAUCACAUCAUUCAUUUCGUUCUUGCUUGAAUUUGAACCAGCUAUUUUGUGUGAUGUUCCCUGACAGUGACAUAGCAAAGUCAUUCCAGUUAUCAAAAACGAAAUGUGCGUACUACAUCGUACAUGGAUCAGCCCCAUAUUUCAUGGAAAUCUUGCUCCAAGAAAUUAAAAAUUCGCCAACCUAUUCCACACUUUUUGACGAAAGUUUGAAUCAUUAUAAACAGGAAGAACAAAUGGACGUUCAGAUUCGUUUCUGGAAUGAAAAUCUCUAUGAAGUCCAGACACGUUACCUAACCUCAAGGUUUUUCAGGCGCCCAAAUGCAGAUAACAUCUUGCACGAGAUUCUUCAAGCAACUGAUGCGUUACCCCAGAAAUCAAUGGUCAUGCUUUCCAUGGACGGACCAAACACUAAUUGGAAAGUUUAUGAAAAUUUAAAAUCGCAUCGUACUGAGAAAGAAUAUCCCCAAAUUAUUGAUGUUGGUUCGUGUGGAUUACACGUGGUGCACGGAGCCUUUCAGACUGGCGUAAAAGCAACUGGCUGGAAAUUGGAAAAGGUUUUAAAGGCCAUGUGGAAGCUGUUCAAUGAUUCCCCAGCUCGAAGAGAUCUAUAUAUUCAGUUAAGCAAAUCAGAUGUUUUUCCAAUAAUGUUUUGCCAGACACGCUGGGUUGAGGAUGAACCUGUUGCCAUCCGAGCAAAGGAAGUUUGGGAAAAUGUUGUGAAUGUCAUAAAGCAUUAUCAAACCUUAUGCAAAUCAAAACAACCAAGCAAAAACAGUUCGUAUGACACCUUGGUCACCCACCACACUGACAUGUUUAUGCAAGUAAAGUUACAAUUCUUUGUUGAUGUAGCCAGCAUGAUGUCUUCGUAUCUGAAGCAAUUCCAGACGGAUAAUCCAAUGAUGCCAUUUGUUUCGGAAAUAUAA